UGAACAGAUUGGGACGCAGACGGUACUACUGUCAUACAAUGCCGGCCCCAGCUGAGCCUCAGUAUUUUCGGAUCGAUCGAAUGACUGCACAGCAAUUGUUGGUUCUCCAAACCAGAACACGAAGUACUGUAGCGAUCAGCGAUAAGAACUUCCAGGCCCUGGGAAUUGGUUGCCACAUACCGAGCCUUCUUUGACUAUAAGGAAGCACGGGCAUAUGCACGACGCGGGCAUGAACACAAGUAGAAUAUUGAAUGCAGGUGAUAUAUGCUGUUGGUUGGAUUUAGCCGAGAUAGUAAUGAUUGGGUACCGCAAACGUAAUGGUGGUAAGACGAUUAGGACAGCAUGGCCAUAAGCAGUAGGCUCGAUAUGGUAUUAGAUUUGCAAAAAAUUAAACAGAAAAAAGACGAAUAGAAAGUAUGUUCGAGACUAAGGCAUUGCAUCAAGGCCUCGACGAAACAAUGCCAGAGGGCCGAAUGAUACAAGAGCCUUCCCAAGAUGCAUUUGCUGUCGCUCCUGCCAAUCCAUUUAACUGGUCUAAAAAGCGAAAAUGGAUGGUCGUGGCAACUGUAUCCUUCAUGAUGCUAUUGAACGUAGUUGCCACGAUGGCUUGUACACCGGCUAUUCCGCUAAUACUGGAUGAAUUCAAGACACAAAAUCAAUCCUACUACGUCUUGCUUGUUAGCAUUUGGGAGCCUGGAGAAUGUUUUGGUCCAUUUCUCAUCGGGCCACUUGCAGAUCACUUUGGAAGACUUCCUGUCUGGCAUGUCUGCAACGUUGUCUAUGUCGGUUGUACUCUUGUGUCUGGAUUCAGUUCAAGCAUCACCAUGUUGCUAAUUUUUCGCUUGCUGAAUGGCUUUGUUGCUGCACCUCUGACUCUUGGUCCCGCAAUAGUGAGUGACAUGUUCUCUCCGGAACAAAGAGGCGGCGCUCUUGGACUCGCGCAAUUAUUACCCAUGACCGGGUUGAGCUGGGGCCCAAUCAUUGCCAGCGCCGUUCUCGGAGGCGGGAGAAGCUGGAGAUGGAUAUUCUGGGUCCUGGCGAUCACCGUUGGAGGAGUUGAAGUUUGCUCACUCAUUACUAUGCCCGAGACACACAAGGAUACUGUACGUCGAAGGUAUAACAAAGUCGAAUCGCUACCGGGUAGACCGAAGUUCAAGCUCGGUAUGGUGUUGAGGGCAUUCAAGAUAUGGGUUUUCUACCCUGUUGCAUUUAUCAUCGCGUUUCAUUGGGCAACCUUGUGGGGAUUUGGAUACAUCAUCUUCACGACUUUGACGGAGGUUUUUGAGAGCCAGUACAACAUAUUACCAGAAGAUUCUGGUCUAUACUGCCUAGGCUGGGGUGUGUCAUCGAAGUUUGACAAGGAGACCAAUAAUCUAAUUUACACCUUCACAGGACUCGGAUAUGCGCUCGGCCUAUUGCUAGGUGGUAUCCUAUCUGACUGUUAUGUCAAACGAAAGAAAGACUCGCGAGGGUCAACUCAAGCUCAAGACCGUAUACCUCCGGCUAUACCUAGCGGUCUCCUUGCUGCUUUUGGCCUCUUCCUCUACGGCUGGGCGGUCCAGACAAGAGUUCAAUGGAUGGCUCCGGUGAUGGCUUCAGCUAUCCAGAAUUUUGGUACCGCCAUAGUCUCGAUCUCGUGCAAAGCAUAUCUUGUUGACGCAUUUCCGGAUUUUGCGGCAUUGGCGAUCGGGGCUGGAUCUAUAUUGAUGUCCUUAAGCGGCGCUCUGGUGCCUUUGGCAGGACCUUCACUGUAUACUAGUCUUGGCUUGGGAUGGGGCAACUCUCUUCUUGGCUUUAUUGCCGUGGUACUGACGCCGCUGCCAUUCCUAGUGUUAAAGCUCACCAAGCAGAAUAAAUCGCAAGGUAGCAUAGCUAGACACCUUUAAGAUAGAUAGAUAUGUAAAGACAUCAAGAGAAUUCAAAGUACUAUGAAC